AUGGCUGCCGACAAGAUCGGUAUCAUUACAGGCACUACAAGCCUUUUUCUGCAGACAUUUGGGGGUGUUGUAACAGGCCUUGAUCUAUGGGACGAAGCCGCAGCAAUCGGCGCUGACGCUCUCAACUUCAAGGUCCGCCUUGAUGCGCAAAAGGCCAAGCUUCGAGUAUGGACCACUGAGUGGGAAAUUGACAAGGGUUCUGCCUCCAUAUACUUUUGUAACCCCAAAUUUAUCACCCUACAGGAUCAGGUCAUUCAAUCCCUCCUGUCUAUCCAGACACUGCUCCAUGCACUAGAUGAACUCGGCGCCAACAACAAAGCCAUAGCAUCCGCGAGCACCCACUCGGUCACAGCAGCGGCUACUUUUGCCGACCUCGCUCGGCUUGCAGAUCCAGAUUCGAACGAGCGCCAAAUCUGGGUUCAGAAGAUGGAAGCUAUCAAGAAAGAGGCUGGGCCCUGCGAACGACUUCAGUGGGCACUUCGUAAUGGCAAGGCCGAGAGUGCCCUAGAUAAGGUAGCUGCUUUGAUUAACGAUAUUUAUGUUCUCUUGCCUCCACCAAAGAUGGACCCAGCUGCGGCUGUUGCAAUGAAUCGCUCUUUGCAUUCACAGAGCAUACCGCUCUUGAGCGAGAUGAAUCACAGCAUCAUUAACAACGCCCUUGUCACCGGGAUAUCGAAACUCAAAAUUGCCACGAGGAGGCUUGAAGAGCGCGCGAUUGACUUGAGACGCAACAACGUCAGCAGAAAAGCACGAGAUCUUCGCGCCCCUAACCCAGAGGUUACAACCACAAGAUCAUUAGGGACAUUCAAGCACACUUCCUCUCCGAAUACGGCAUGGCACGACAUCCUCGUGGAGUGGAAAGUUGCUGACAGCGCGACUGCGAAUUCUUCGCAAAGCGACGUCACCUAUCAUGCAAUCAUGUUAAGGCGCGUUCAAGAUCUCGCGCGAUUGCUUCAGUUGGAGGAGAAGCCAGCAGAACUUAGAACACUGCCCUGUCUUGGAGUCGUCACUAAAGCUGGAUCAUCUGAUGCGGUGAAGUUCCAUGGUCUCAUAUACCGGGUGCCCUCAACAGAGUAUAAGACUCUGGACAGCAUUGUUAAAACUUCCACAACGAAUCCUAAUAGUUCCGGUGAAUACUUCCUGGAGGAUAGAUUUUCGUCCGCAGUUGUUCUUUGUAAGGCCGUUCUUUACCUGCACAUUGCUGGAUGGCUGCACAAAGGUAUUCGGGCUAGUAACGUCUUAUUCUUCGGUCAAACUACUGGGGCAGGUUCUGAAGGUACUGGAUAUGAUCUUAAUGUGGCCAACGAUUUGGAGUGGAACCUCUAUCGACACCCAGACGUACAAGGGAUGCCAAUAGAUGAUGACUUGGACAAGCUCGAGCGCAGCUCAGGUGAGAAUCGAGAGCCCAAGCCCCGACGACCAUUCUUUAGCGCCAUACACGAUAUCUAUUCGGUUGGAAUAGUCCUUCUCGAGAUUGGUCUUAUGAAGUCAGUGUUGGAAAUGUAUGAGGAAGAAACGAAGGAUCCAAGAUACGAACACUCUGCAACCAACUUUAAGGAGAGGAUCCUGGAAACUCAGGUAUCACGCUUAGGUCAGUUCGCAGGCAGAGAGUACUCCCAAGCGGUGAGGACCUGUAUAAUGGGGGGCUUUGAUGCUGGCUCUUAUGGGAACCUGCCAGAAGCGUUUUACACUCAAGUUGUUCGAAAGGUAGUCGGGCCCAACAGUGUUCUUGAUGGACAGCUCUAA